CUCAUCUUCCCUUUCUGAACUGGUAGUUUUGGUAUCCAAACCAUUCUUACUACACUUUGGAAAAAAAAAAAGGGAACUUAUGUUGGCCCUUCUCUUACAAUCCCCUACCACAGGGGCAGGGAGACAUCCAACCCACACAACACUUUACGUGAAACAGGAAGCUAAUAAGAAGAAACGUUAUUUUGAAAGCCUCUUUUGAUCCACCAAGAAGAGGGCAACUGGAUUGCUCAGCCAGGUAACAUGGGGAGAGAGAAGGGGGCUUUAGGUGGGUUUCAGAAUCAAAUACUAAACUGUGGGUUUACAUUCAAUUAAAGCUUGGGUGUGGGGAUAUAAAAGGCUUACCACUGAAGAAUGUGCUUUUGCAUGGCUGGCUGGAUUUGACUGCUGGGAAACUUUUAGGGGUGUUAGCCUGGUCUGCUGGGGUGUCAUGAGAUUACUUGGAAUUGAUGCUAAAUGCACAUUAAGUCAGAGAGGUGUGUUUUUCUAUGAGACAAAGUGAAGGAAAGGACUUUGAAAAAUACUUGUUGGACUUACAGAAAGGAAACCUACUCUUUUUCCUAAAAGUGUUGUUAGAGUCAUAGGUCAGAACUGAAAAGGCCUGGGGGUGGGGGAGCUACGUAGUCCCUUCAGCCUCUGAAUUCCUGACAAGAAAGCUGAUAUCUGGAGAGAGAAGUGAAGGAAACUGCUGUUCACAGGACAUCUAUUAUUGACAGUACUGACAGGGUCUCUACAUACUUUCUCUCAGUUAAUCCUUACAACCCUAGUUUAGAGAGGUGGAAACUGGCAGAGAGUUUAAAUGACUGCUUCAGGGUGCCUGGUUGGCUCAGUUGGUUAAGUAACCUACUCUUGAUUUUGGCUCAGGUCAUGAUCUCACUGUUCAUGGGAUUGAGCCCUGCAUCAGGCUGCUUGGAAUUCUCUCUCUCUCUUAAAAUAAAUAAACUUAAAAAAAAAAAAGAUAGAACCACGUCUCCUGUCACUCUCUUAAGAGUUGGGCAAACUUCUCCGCUGUUUUAUAGUCUGCUCAGGCCACCAUCACAGAAUACCACAGAAACAGAAAGCAUUUUUCUCACAGUUCUUUAGGCUACAGUUCAAGAUCAAAGUGUCAGAAGUUUUGGUUUCCCCUGAAACCUUUGUUUUCAAAAAAAAAAUUUCUUUAAUAUUUAUUUUUGAGAGAGAGACAGAGCAUGAGUGGGAGAGGGGCAGAGAGAGAAAGGGAGACACAGAAUCCAAAGCAGGCCCCAGGCUCUGAGCUGUCAGCUCGGAGCUCCUCGCAGGGCUCGAACCCACAGACCGCAAGAUCAUAACCUGAGCCAAAGUCAGAUGCUUAACCAACUGAGCCACCCAGGUGUCACCUGAAACCUUGGUUUUCAGACGGCUGCCUUUUCACUGUGUCCUCACAUGGUCUCCACUGGGCAAGAAUCCCUGGGGUCUCUCUUUGCGUGUACAAAUCUUACCUUCUUAUAGGACCCCAGUCAGAUUAGAUUAGGGCCCACUCUCAUUUAACUUAAUUACCUCUUUACAGGCCUUAUUUCCAAAUAGUCAUAGAGUGAGUACUGGGGGUUAGGGCUUCAACAUAUGGAUUUUGGGGAACAUAAUUCAGCUAUAACACUAAUACUAAGAAUAAUAUUUUCUAGUAUCUAAACUGAAUAUGAAUUUUUGGCAACUUCAGAAUCAGCUGAGAUGCCUGCCUGAUGAUCCACGUAGCAAUUUUAAUUCAUUAUUUUAGCAGACAAAGUGACUGAUGGCCAACUCAGGGACUAGCUUAUUGUGUUUACAUGUGAAUAUAAGGAUCUUCUUGGCUCCUUCCUCUAUCUUCUUCCUCUUGUCUGUUCUCAGUGAACUCUGACUCAGUCAGUGGAGGUCUGAUACCUCCAAGACCCAUACAUUUUUUGUGGGGGUAGAAAGGGAGGGAAGAAACUAUAGUAGCUCCUGUUUACUGAGUCUUUUCUGUGUACUAAGGCCUCCCAGCUUAACGGUGGUAGAGCUGGAAUUUGCACUCAGUCCUGACACCAAAAUAGGCCCUUGCUCACACUCACGUGCUAUCCUCAUCCUUGCUUCCAGGCUGUAACCCCCCAUGGCUCCUUCUCUAUGCUGCCCCUCUGCCUAGAAAUACCCUUCUGCCUUUACUGCCUGGUGAACUUUGGUUUCCUUCCAAACAACUCAAAAGUAAUCUCUUCCAGGCAGAAUUAAAUAUCCCUCCACAGGGGUUGCUCUAGAACACUGACCUUCAAAACUGCAUUGACUACCACUCGCAAUAAGAAAUACAUCUUCUAAGGGCGCCUGGGUGGCUCAGUCGGUUGAGCGUCCUUCUUCAGCUCAGGUCAUGAUCUCGUGGUCUGUGAGUUUGAGCCCCACGUCGGGAUCUGUGCUGACAGCUCAGAGCCUGGAGCCUGGUUUGGAUUCUGUGUCUCCCUCUCUCUCUGCCCCUCCCCUGCUCAUGCUCUGUCUCUCUCUCUGUCAAAAAUAAACAUUAAAAAAAAAUUUUUUUUAAAGAAAUACAUAUUCUAUCACUACCCAGUGCCAGGGUACAUAAAUAAUUGAAAUAAAACGUUCAUGUGUUCUGAUAGUUUUAAUUCUAUUUCAUUAAAAAUAUAUAUCCUAAGGCACCUGCCUGGCUCAAUCAGAGGAGCAUGCGACUCUUAAUCUUGGGGUUGUAUAUUCGAAUCCCACAUUGGGUGUAGACAUUACUUAAAAUAAAAACAGAAAUAAACGUAAAAAAAUUAAAAAACUAAAAAUAUAUAUACUAAUUGUAACCCACUUAAGUUACUAUCAUGACCUGCUAAUGAGUUGGCCGAUUUGAAAAACUGCUCACGAAGAUACUCUUUCUCGUUUUGACAACUUUUCUUGUUUCUCUCAUCUCUGAAAGCCUCAGAUCCUCCAGCUCUACAUAUAAAUGUGCUGGGGUCCAGUUCUUUUCUGAUACUGGUUCCUGAGAGGUUUCUGAUUAUCAGUUUCUACUCCUUCUGGGUUUCUACUCCAGGAAGUAGGACUUUCUGUAUCUUCCUGUCUUUCUCUCCAGCCUGGGAGGCACCUGUUUGCCCCAAUUCUCUGACAGAUCUAAAAAGAAGUGUUGAUUUUCAGUUUAGGCAGUUACUUUUUACUUGGUAUGCGGAUGGAGUAAUGACUUCUUUAUACGCCAGACCAUAAAACAGAAGUCAAAAGGGCUUCCUUUAAAAAGAGAAAGCAAUAAGGGUGCCUGGGUGUCUUAGUUAAGCGUCCAACUCUUGCUUUCGGUUCAGGUCAUGAUCUCAUGGUUUGUGAGGUUGAGCCCUGCAUCAGGCUCUGUGCUGAGCAUGGGGCCUUCUUGGGACUCUCUCUCUCUGCCUCUCCCUUGCUCACACACACUCUCUCUCUCUCUCAAAAUAAAUAAAACAUUAAAAAAAUAGAAAUCAAUAAUUUUUUUAACAUCUAUUUAUUUUUGAGAGACACAGAGAAACAGAGUGUGAGCAGGGUAGGGGCAGAGAGAGAAAGAGACACAGAAUCCGAAACAGGCUCCAGGCUCAGAGCUGUCAGCACAGAGCCCAAUGCGGGUCUCAAACUCAUGAACCUUGAGAUCAUGACCUGAGCUGAAGUCAGACACUUAACCGACUGAGCCACUCAGGCGCCCCAAGAGAAAUCAGUAAAACUUUAAAUUUAUAUGGAAAUGCAAACAGUUCUUAAAAAAAAAAAUUGAAGAGUUUACACUACCUGAUUUCAAGACUUAUUAUAAGGAUGCAAUAAUCAAGGCAGUGUGAUAAUGGCAUAAGAACAGACAUAUAAAUCAAUGGAACAGAAGCAGAAUCCAGAAGCAGAUUCACAAAUUCAAUGGGUAAAGGAUAUUUUUUUCAACCAAUCAUGCUGGAAAAAUUGGACAUCUCUAUGGGGAAAAAAACAAACUUCAACUCAUCAUCUUCAUAAACAAAAACUAUCCCCAAAUGGAUCAAUGACCUAAAUGUAAAAGCUAAAAUUAUAAAACCUCUACAAGAAAACUUAGGUGAAAAUCUUUGUGGCUUGGGAUAACAAUGAUUUUGUAGAUAGGACACAAAUAGCAUGAACCAAAGAAGAAAAAAUUAAUAAGGUGGAAUUCAGGGGCUCCUGGGUCACUCAGUCUGUUAAGCAUCCGACUCUUGAUUUCAGCUCAGGUCAUGAUCUCAUGGUUGUGCAAUUGAGCCCCUUGUCCAGCUCCACACUGGGCUGGGUGUGGAGGCUGCUUGGGAUUCUCUUUCUCCCUCUCCCUCUGCCCCUUUGCUGUGUGCGAGCUCAGGAGUGCGUGCACACGCUCACUCUAGCUCUCUCUCUCUCUCUCUCUUUCUCUCUCUCUCUCUCGGUCCCACUCUCUCUCAAAAAACAAACAAACCCCCCCAAAAAAAACAAAAAAAAACCAACAAGGUAGAAUUUAUAAAAAGGAAAAUGUUUUGUUUUCCAAAAGAUAUAAGGCCGUUGUAUUAAUAAAACCUUUGUAUUAACCAUGUUUUUAAUAUUUUAUAUUUUAUGAUGCUUGGCUUGCUUGGGGGUUUUGCUAGCUGGGAGAGCCUGUGCCUACCAGGGCUAACUAAUUCCUAGGAAUAGCGAAACACUUGUCUGUGUGUGUGCCUUUCUUAUGCAAAACAACCAAUCCAAAGACAUCCCCAACCACCAACUUUACUAACAGGCACCAAGCCAUUAUUCCCUUGCCUUAAAUCACUCCAGAGACACCAUUAUAUCCCAGAGUUUGCCAAAAUUAUUCAAACUGUCCAAUCCUAAACUUGUUCAAACUUGCCUGCCCUGCCUUACCCAUUUCUUCCUGUGAAAACUAUAAUGCAGGCUGUGGGCUAAGCUUUCUCCUUUUCUCCUGAUCAAUUCCGGUGCUGCUCGGGCAGCCCUGUGUGAUGUGGCGUCCCCUCCUUCUACUGGGAGUUGUAAGUAAUAAAACUUAUUUUAUUGGUAUUGAUCUCUCCAUUUGGUCACUCCAUUAUCUCCAUAAAUUAAUUCCUGGAUACAAUCAAAGCAACCACAGAUUAGGAGAAAACACUCACAGUACAUAUAACCAACAAACAAUUUAUAUCCAGAAUCUAUGAAGAACUCUUGAAAGUCAGUAAUUAGAAGACAACUUAAUUUGUAAAAUGGGCAAAAGAUCUGUACACUUCACAAAAGAUUUAUGAAAGAAUGAUAAAGUACAUGAAAAGAUGUUCAACAUCAUUAAAUGGAAAUUAAAAAUACAUAAUGAGAUACCACUAAAAUAAAAAAGAUAGAUAAUGCCAAGUGUUGGUGAGAAUUUGGAACAAUUGGAACUGUUAAUUUUACAUGGUGGUAGGCAUGUAAAAUGGUAAUAACCACUUUGAAAAAUGGUUUGGCACCUUCUACAAAAUUAACAUACACUUGGGGCAUGUGGGUAGCUCAGUUAAACACUGGACUUUGGCUCAGGUCAUGAUCUUACGGUUUGUGAAUUUGAGCCGCAUAUCAGGCUCUCUGCUAUCAUACCAGAGCCUGCUUCAGAUCCUCUGUCUCCCUCUCCCUGCCCCUCUCACCACUCUCUCACGCACUCUUUCUCUCUCUCAAAAAAUAAACAUUAAAAAAAUUAACAUACACUUUACCAUAUGACUCAGAAAUUCUACUUCUAGGUAUUUAUCCAAGAGAAAUGAAAAUAUAUGUCCAUAAAGAUAGUAAUAUAUGAAUGUUCAUAGAAGUUUCACUCAUUAUAGCCACAAACUGGAAACAAAUCAAAUGCCAAUCAAUCAAAUUGAUAAAUAAACUGAUCUGUUUAUACAAUGGAAUACUGCUCAAUCAAAAAAGGACUUAACUACCAAUAAAUGCAAACAAGGCAAAUCUCAAAAACAUGAUGGUAAGUGAAAACAUGAUGGUAAGUGGUUCUCUUGACACAAGAGAACAUACUACAUUUUUCCAUUUAUAUGACUCUCUAGAACAGGUGAAACUAAUUUAUAGUUAAAAAAAUUGAUCAGUGGUUGUUUUGGUGAGGAAUAGGAGGGAUGGAUUAUACAAGGAAACUUUCUGCAGUGAUAGAAAUAGUCUAAAUAUAGACUGGGGUAUUAUUGACUUGGGUGUGUACAUUUGUCAAAGCUCCUUGCAUUUUAUUGUCUGUAGUUUUUGUAUCAUAUAUAAUUAUAUUUUAAUAUAAUAACAUAUACAUACAAAUGUGUUAUAUAAUAUAUAAUUAUUAUAAUCAUUAACAUUUAUUAUACAUAAUAAACAUAUAUACAUCAAAUACAUAAUAUAAUACCUGCAUACAAAUAUACCAUAUAUAUGUAUGUCUUGUAUAUAAUUAUACCUUAAUGAGGUUGAUAUCUUUGUUUGUGUGUUGUUGUUGUUGUUUUGUUUUGUUUUGUGAGAGAGUGUGUGAAAGCAGGGCAGAGAGGCACAGGGAGAGAGAGAGAGAAUUAAGCCUGGGAUCAUGACCUGAGCCCAAAUCAAGAGUUGGACACUCAGCCAACUGAGUCACCCAGGAGCCCCAACGAGUUUUACAGAAUGAGGAGCAGUUGUACAAAAAGAAGGGAACACUAUUAGAAUCAUCUUUGACCUGUGCAUUUGGAAAUAUCAUCUAUUGAGAUAUAGAAAAGUGAAAAUCUUUUUUUCAGAACAAUGAAUUUCAUAAAGGAGAAUAGUCAAGUGCUCAUUCAAAGGAUGGGAAUGACUGUUAUAAAGCAAAUUGUGGAUGAGCUAUUUGUGUGGAAUGUUCUGAAUUACGAAGAAGUAAGUGUCAUUUGCUGUGAGAAGGUUGAGCAGGAUGCUGCAAGAGGGAUCAUUCACAUGAUUCUGAAGAAGGGUUCGGAAUCCUGUAACCUUUUUCUCAAAUCCCUUGAAAAGUGGAACUAUCCCCUGUUUCAGGACUUGAAUGGACAAAGUCUUUCUAAGCAGAUGUCAGAAGAAGUCUUAGAUGAUUUGGCUCAGAGUCUAAAGUAUUUAUACAAUACUCCAUCUUUUCUGAACUUCUAUCCUCUGGGUGAAGACUUUGACAUAAUUUUUAAUUUGAAAAGCACCUUCACAGAACCUGUUCUAUGGAGGAAGGACCAUCACCAUCACCGAUUGGAGCAGCUGACCCUGGAUGGGCUGCUAGACACUCUUCAGAGUCCCUGCAUCAUUGAGGGGGAAUCAGGCAAAGGGAAGUCCACUCUGCUGCAGCAAAUCGCGAUGCUCUGGGCUUCCGGAACGUGUGGGGCUCUCACCAAGUUCAAAUUAGUCUUCUUUGUCCGUCUGAGCAGGGCCCAGGGUGGGCUCCUUGAAACUCUGUGUGAUCAACUCCUGGACAUACCUGACACCAUCAGGAAGCAGACUUUCAUGGCCAUGCUGCUGAAGCUACGGCAGAGAGUUCUGUUUCUCCUUGAUGGCUACAAUGAAUUCAAGGCCCAGAACUGCCCAGAGAUCGAAGCCCUCAUAAAGGAGAACCACCGCUUCAAGAAUACGGUCAUUGUCACCACCACCACUGAGUGUCUGAGACACAUCAGGCAGUUUGGUGCCCUGAUUGCUGAGGUAGGGGACAUGACAGAGGACAGUGCCCAGACUCUCAUCCGAGAAGUGCUGAUGAAGGAGCAUGCUGAAGGCUUGUUGCUCCAAAUUAGGAAAUCCAGAUGCUUGAGGAACCUGAUGAAGACCCCUCUCUUUGUGGUCAUCACUUGUGUAAUCCAGAUGGGGGAAAGUGAGUUCCACUCCUAUACACAAACGACACUGUUCCGCACCUUCUAUGACCUGCUGAUACAGAAGAACAAGUACAAACUUAAGGGGCUGGCUGCAGGUGACUUCACUCAGAGCCUGAACCACUGUGGAGACCUAGCUCUGGAGGGCGUGUUCUCCCACAGGUUUGAUUUCCAACCGGAGGACAUGUCCAGUGUGAACGAGGAUGUCCUACUGACAACUGGACUCCUCUGUAAAUACACAGCUCAACAGUUCAAGCCAAAGUAUAAAUUCUUUCAUAACUCCUUCCAGGAGUACAUAGCAGGACGCAGACUCAGCAGUUUGCUGAAGUCUCAAGAGCCAGAGGAAGUGACCAAGGGGAAAGGUUAUUUGCAGAAAAUGGUUUUCAUUUCAGACAUUACAUCCAAGUAUAGCAACCUGCUCCUGAACACAUGUGGAUCAUCUCCUGAAGCCACCAGGAGUGUUCUGGAACACCUUGCAGCAGUGUAUCAACAUGGCAGCCUCCUUGGGCUCUCCGUCACCCAGAAGCCUCUCUGGAGGCAGGAGUCUAUACAAAAUGUGAAAAACACCACCGUGCAAGAAACUCUGAAAGCCAUAAACAUCAGUUCCUUUACAGAGUGUGGCAUUAAUCUAUUCCAUGAGAGUAUAUCCAAAUCAGACCUGAGUAAAGAAUUUGAAGCUUUCUUUUGUGGCAAAAGCUUAUAUAUCAACUCAGAGAACAUCCCCGAUUACUUAUUUGACUUCUUUGAACACUUGCCUAAUUGUGCAAGUGCUCUGGACUUCAUUAAACUGGACUUCUACGGAGAAGCUAUGGCUUUGAGGGACACGACCACAGAAGACACAAGCAGGACUCAGGAAGGGUCCUCAGAAACCUACAUUCCCAGCAGGGCUGUGUCUUUGUUCUUCAACUGGAAGCAGGAAUUCAAGACUCUGGAGGUUACACUCCGGGACUUCAGCAAGUUGAAUAAACAAGAUAUCAAAUAUCUGGGAAAGAUAUUCAGUUCUGCUACAAACCUCAGAUUGUGCAUUAAGAGAUGUGCUGGUGUGGCUGGAAGCUUUAGUUUGGUCCUCCGCACCUGUAAGAACAUUUAUUCUCUCAUCCUGGAAGCCAGUCCGCUCACCAUAGAAGAUGAGCAGCAUAUCACAUCCGUGACAAACCUAAAAACCUUGAGUAUUCAGGACCUACAGACUCCACGGCUGCCAGGUGGUCUGACUGACAGCUUGGGUAAUUUGAAGAAUCUUAUGAAGCUCAUACUGUACAACAUUAAGAUGAAUGAGGAAGAUGCUAUAAAAUUAGCUGAAGGUCUGAAAAACCUGAAGAAGUUGUGUUUACUUCAUAUGACCCACUUGUCUGACAUUGGGAAGGGAAUGGAUUACAUAGUAAAGUCUCUGUCAGCUGAACCCUGUGACAUUGAAGAAAUCCAAUUAGUCUCCUGCUGCCUGUCUGCCAAUGCUAUGAAAACCCUAGCUCAGAAUCUUCACAAUUUGGCCAAACUGAGCAUUCUUGAUUUAUCUGAAAAUCACCUGGAAAAGGACGGAAAUGAAGCUCUACAUGAACUGAUUGACAGGCUGCACAUCCUGGAACAGCUGACUGUGCUCAUGUUGCCCUGGUGGAGUGAUGUACGAGUUAGUCUGACCAGGCUGUUGGAGCAACUGGAGGGGGCCCUGCGGCUCAUCAAGCUUGGGCUGAAAAACUGGAGACUCACAGAUGCAGAGAUUAGAAUUCUAGGUGCAUUCUUUGAAAAGAAACCUCUGAAAAAUUUCCAGCAGCUGGAUUUGGCAGGAAAUUGUGUGAGCAGUGAUGGAUGGCUUGCCUUCAUGAACGUAUUUCAGAAUCUUAAGCAAUUAGUUUUUUUUGACUUCAGUACUACAAGCUUUUUACCUGAUGCAGCAUUAGUCAGAAAACUUGGCCAUGUGUUAUCUAAGUUAACUUUUCUGCAAGAAGGUAGGCUUGUUGGGUGGCAGUUUGAUGAUGAUGAUAUUAGUGUUAUUAAAGGUGCUUUUAAACUAGUAACUUAAAUAAAAGUCACCUUAAGCCCAUGAAUGCUCUGGGGACCCCAUUACUUUCAGCCGGGUGACCUAAAAAUCUUUGCUCAUCCAGUGCAACAGUCUGAAUGUAUAUGACAACCCAUUAUAUAGCCUAAAAAUUAUUCUUCUCGGGGGGCCUACGUGGCUUAGUCGGUUAAGUGUCUGACUCUUGAUUUUGGCUCAGGUCAUGAUUUCAUGGUUCGUGAAAUCAAGCCCUGCAUUGGCCUCAGUGCUGAAUGUGCAGCCUAUUUGGGAUUCUCUCCCUCUCUCUCUGCCCCUCCCUGCUACCACUGUCUCUCUCUCUCAAAAUAAACAUUAAAACAAAAAUUAUCCUUCUCAACAGUGUCUGCCUAACUUGCUCUUUCCAAACUUUGUCUUCCUCUCCUGGUAUCAGGAUGAUGUGUGACAUCAUGACCUCUGUAGCUGGCCUCGUCCAUGGAAAUUUGCUUCCUUAGUUUCAUUAUUCAAAAAAAAAAAAAAAAGAAAGAAAGAAAAAAGAAAAAAAAAGCAAGAGGAUAAAAGGAGAAUGCCAAGAAAAUGAGGCAAAGAAGAGGAGCAAGUGGGGGGCAGUUGGACAACAUGAGCUAUCUUUCUGUGUCUCAUCACAAGUAGGAUUACCAUGUAGUUGAAAUGAUAUCGUUUAUCCUUGUAUUCCCGUUGGUCUUGGGAAUAGGUCACAAAAAUUGAUAUACUGUAUGCAUAUUUACUUAGUACAGUGCCUGGCACAUACUGGAUAUUCAACAAGUAUUUGCUGAACUAAAUUAAAUUACCAAUAAAUUGCUAUUGAAUAAAAAACAAGCCAAAAUUAUUUAAGAUCAGAGAGAAAACUCUAUGUACGUUCUUUAUUCAAACAGUGUGAUUCAAACAAUUUGGGAUGUAAAAAGCAUUUUCUCAUAUAAGCAGAUUAGACUCCCAAAGAGAUCAGCAUUCUUUAGUCAAGCAAAAAACUGGCAGUUCACAAGCAGCUUAAUCAGAGGCUUGAU